AUGUGCACUUCUCGCCCCCCCAACAGGUACACAAGACGGCGCCGCGCCUCGUACACCGCGCCGCGCCUCGUACACCGCGCCGCGCCUCGUACACCGCGCCGCGCCUCGUACACCGCGCCGCGCCUCGUACACCGCGCCGCGCCUCGUACACCGCGCCGCGCCUCAGACACCGCGCCGCGCCUCAGACACCGCGCCGCGCCUCAGACACCGCGCCGCGCCUCAGACACCGCGCCGCGCCUCAGACACCGCGCCGCGCCUCAGACACCGCGCCGCGCCUCAGACACCGCGCCGCGCCUCAGACACCGCGCCGCGCCUCAGACACCGCGCCGCGCCUCAGACACCGCGCCGCGCCUCAGACACCGCGCCGCCCAUCAGACACCGCGCCGCCCAUCAGACACCGCGCCGCCCAUCAGACACCGCGCCGCCCAUCAGACACCGCGCCGCCCAUCAGACACCGCGCCGCCCAUCAGACACCGCGCCGCCCAUCAUACACCGCGCCGCCCAUCAUACACCGCGCCGCCCAUCAUACACCGCGCCGCCCAUCAUACACCGCGCCGCCCAUCAUACACCGCGCCGCCCAUCAUACACCGCGCCGCCCAUCAUACACCGCGCAUCAUACACCGCGCAUCAUACACCGCGCAUCAUACACCGCCCAUCAUACACCGCCCAUCAUACACCGCCCAUCAUACACCGCCCAUCAUACACCGCCCAUCAUACACCGCCCAUCAUACACCGCCCAUCAUACACCGCGCCGCCCAUCAUACACCGCGCCGCCCAUCAUACACCGCGCCGCCCAUCAUACACCGCGCCGCCCAUCAUACACCGCGCCGCCCAUCAUACACCGCGCCGCCCAUCAUACACCGCGCCGCCCAUCAUACACCGCGCCGCCCAUCAUACACCUCGCCGCCCAUCAUACACCUCGCCGCCCAUCAUACACCGCGCCGCCCAUCAUACACGCCAACAUCCGAUAAAAGGAAAGACCGACAAGUCAGAGUGAACAGCACUCCAGAUAAGCAAUCUCGACACUUGCGGCCUCCGUGCCGUCUUCAGCGGCCACUUGAUAACGCAGGUGUUGCUGGCGAGUUGAUGAACCCUAUCUACACUCCCACCACAGUGCCAGCGAAGUGCCAGUAA